UCCAUUUUGUUUUUCAGCUCACACCUCUAACUUGGUGACGUCACGCUCUCUUUUGUACAGCCUGAGGUCCAGGUGUCAGUAGUUGGGCGAGAAGGCGAUACGAUAUCACUGGCCGAUCGAGGGGAGUCACUAGUCACACACACGUACCCAGCUAGCACCCUAGCCCACCACCGCCGGAACCACAUGAACAAGGAUUAUAACACGGAGCAAGUGGUGGAUGUAUUAUGCACAGCCGAGUACGCUCUCUAUCCAUCCAGCAGAAAUAACUUCAUGAAAGUUGUGGGUCACAGAUCUACCCAUAUCAUUUCAGUCUACAGUUUCCUUCAAGAGCCCCCUACCACCAGUGCCGAGGCGCUCCACACCCCCCUGAACUUCUUCUCCAGUGACCAAGGCGAGACGUUCGAUCGCCCGGUCAGACUUCUCCGUGUUUACCGGGCUUCGAAGCAGAGGGGCUUAGGUAGUCCGAUCACGGUCAACCCUCCUGCCGGACUCUCAGCACAUUCACGAUGAGGAACGUGUUGUGUAUUGUUGGCUUCGUCGUUGCCGUAUGUUGCGCUCAAGAAACAUGGUGGAACUUGGGUUUUGACUCCAGAAUACACCAGUUCGAGACUCUUAGCAGUCCGGAGCUUUUCAUCCUCGGUACACAGCCUCUGUGCGCCGAGCUUCCUGGCCUUUCCUCCGGUCAGCAAAAAUUAUGUCAGCUAUACCAAGAUCACAUGGGCCCCAUCGGUGAAGGUGCAAGAUUGGGCAUCGAGGAGUGCAGGUACCAGUUCAGCAACCGUAGAUGGAAUUGUAGCACGGCGGAGACUGGGUCUGUUUUUGGGCGCGUUACCGCCAUUGCCAGUAGAGAAGCAGCUUUUACGUACACCAUAUCCGCUGCUGGUGUAGUCAACGCCAUAAGUCGUGCCUGCAGGGAGGGCGUUCUCUCGGUGUGUGGAUGUAGCCGUGCUGCUCGACCCCCUGAUCUUGAUAGGGACUGGGUGUGGGGAGGCUGUGGGGACGACGUUGACUAUGGAUACCGAUUUGCAAAAGAGUUUGUCGACGCCAGAGAGAAAGAGAAUAACCAUCCGAGGGGGACCUACAUGUACGCACGAAUGAAGACUAACCUGCAUAACAACGAGGCAGGCAGACGGGCCGUCUACGAUAAAGCGGUUGUCCAGUGCAAGUGCCACGGCGUGUCAAGCUCCUGCAGCAUGAGGACCUGUUGGUUGCAGCUCGCCACCUUCCACGACGUGGGAGCCUACCUAAAAGACAAAUACGACGGUGCCUCCCGCGUGAGGGUCAACAAGAAAGGCAAAAUGGAACCCCACGAGUCUCGCUUCAACAAACCCACCAAGGACGACCUGGUGUACCUGGAGGAGUCCCCCGACUACUGCAUGUACGACCCUCGUGCGGGGUCACUGGGCACCGUGGGGAGGGAGUGUGACAAGACCUCGAUGGGUACGGAGGGGUGUGACCUCAUGUGCUGCGGUAGAGGCUACAACUCGUACACCAAAGAGGUUGUUGAGAGGUGUAACUGCAAAUUCAAGUGGUGCUGCUAUGUACAAUGUAAAAAGUGCAGACGAACAGUCGAUGUGCACGUCUGCAAGUAGUGGUAGUAUUUUCUACCGCCUCAUUGUACAGAACUCCUUUUUAUGUAUCGAACGGUGGCGGAUGAGUUAUAAGCUUGGACGGUGUCUUCAGCGUUUAUUGUGUGAGCUCAUUGUUUUGGCGAGUUUUUGUGUCACUGUCAUUUUUGUUUUAGUGUACCUUACUCGAUUAUAACAUGUUGGAGCUGCAUACUUCUGGAAUCCCAAACUUCAAAGUGUUUUUGUUAUUUUAUAUAUACGAUUGGGAGAUAUUAAAUUUUGAUUUCUGGCAUUACCAACUUUCAAAUUAUUUUGGGUUUUUUUCGCGGUAGAUUUUGUCGCUUGUAAUACGCAUCGGGAUAGUCACCGAUGAGGGCGUCUUUUUACAAUGUUUCUAGUUGUAUUACAGACGUUCACUUAAUGUUACACCUUUCGAAAUGUUUUCAUUUUGAUCGCAGUUUGAAGUCUUCCUCUGUUAAAAUCACCAAACUCUGUAUACUUAUUUUUUUAGCAUGGCUCAAUAUGACUUAUAAAUGACAACCGGUCGUCACAUUAUGCACAUUUUUUGAAUAACUAAAUCAGCACGUACAACCUUGCGUACAAACGCUGGUUGCAGGCUAAGCAAGUAGGGCCUAGGCCUAAGUAAUUUUAAUAUCGGUGUAUAUCAAUUAGUGUUGUUCCAAAACAAGUUAACUUUCGUUUCAAGACUUGAAAUUGAUUUACUUUUUAUAUUGUCUUAUUACACAUGACGCAAGCAGUAUACUUGAUAUUUUUAAGUUAACCACGCAUUUUUUUCUAACGAAUCAAAUCCUCUCUCUCAGCCUAUGCUUUUAGCUUUCCCGAGUCAGAAGUGACCCGAGUCUAAAUGCACUCGAACCCAAUUCUGGUUGAACAUGAUCAGUGCGGACACAAAUGAUAUCGUACAAGUUAGCAGAGUUGUAGUCGGGUCACCAGUGUCGAGUCCGAGUCCCGAGUCUUUUGCCGACGUGACUCAAGUCAACAAGUCCGAGUCACCGAAAUUGUGACUCGAGAUGACCCGAGUCUGAGUCCUGAACUCAACUCAUACAUUUGGCAGCACUUUUCGGUUUUCGGCUCGAUCUUUCGCAAUUAUUGUUAAUCUAAACAAUUCGAUAUCGAAUUCACCGCUCCGCUUUUUUUUUUACAACUUGCUAGAGCAUUCACGACGCUGCCUGCAUUGAGCUCGAGUUUGGACGAGUAACCCGUCCUAACUUAGGAUGGGUUCAAUGCGUCCCAAUGUCUUUGGAUACGGAAAUGAACUCGUCCCAAGUCCUAAGAUUAAUCCUAAGUUAGGAAGAGUUUGGUACAAUCGACGGCAGGUUUCUGACUGAUAAUCCGGGUAACUUUUGACCUGAUAGUGACCCAAGAUUGACCUGAACCACCGUGACCUCCGGGCCAGGCUGCAGCUCCGGGUCAUAUCUGAGCCGGUAUCUGAGCCGGGACUUUGCCAGUGAUACCCCCUCGUUCAAAUCUGGGACCAUCUUCAGCUUUUGAAUCAAUGAUUGAGCACAAGGUCAAAGUUCAAUUCAAUCAUCUUUAGCUUUUCGUUCAGUGCUUAUGAGCAUAAAGGUCAAAGUUAAAACUUUGUCUCACCGAAUUGUUUAGGAAAGAAGCUUUGCGAGAUUGCGCAUUUUGAAAUAAGUAUUUCCUCUCUGUAACCUGUGGCGUAUUUUCUGGUUUCGAGACUUCCCCCGCCUUUGUUUUAUUAAAUCACUUUACAUUUCCAGCUUUUAAAUCUCUCCUCAGAUUUGUAAUCCUGAGGAUAGUAAUAUUUUACGAAAUCUUUGUAAAAGCAUUUUUUUUCCGGAAUAAGUUUUGCUAUUAAAUAACAGGGGAAGAAUACGCAAACACCCCAUUAUUUUGGUGAUUGAUAAUGCUGCAAACUUAAAACGCCUUAUACAUUGAUCUUAACAAAGUGUUAAUUUUUAGCGUCAUUUUUGACAAUUUUAAGAGUUAUAAUUUUUAAGCACGAACGUACUUACAGCAUAAUUGUAUUAAUUAUGAAUACAAUGGUUUCGUUCUUCGAGACCAUUGCAUUGAUUUAUAUAGAAGUAGGAUUGGCUUGUGUAUGCUUUUUAUACAUGUAUAAAUUAUAACUUGUACAAUUUGAAAUCAAUUGAAAUAAAUUGUUUGUAAAUACGUUAUAAUCAUGGUUUGUUACAGUAAACUGGUAUUAAACUAAUUGACUUUAAUGCAUUGUUUUAAAUUACAAUGAUUUGUGUAUGUUUAUGGUAUAAGAAUGUUGAGUUUUGAUAAAUACAUUUAUCGUGUUGCAUAUUACACUGCUAAAACUGGGAUGCUAAAAUUAAAACAUGGGUGUUGCCUCUUCGGUAUCUAUAAUGUGUCACCACGCAUGAUGUCGAUUUGUACACCCCAGUUUUUGCAGUGUACAGAUCUUGCUGGCUUUUCAUCCAACAUCACAGCGACAGAUUUUGCCGACUUUCGUUUAGCAAACUAGUAGGUCUAUGGACAGCAACCUCUAACAUUAAUGAACAAAGGCAGCCUUUAGUAAUGCAUGAACGUAUAAAGAUGACUAGAUAAUUUAUCUCAGAAUGACGGAAUUUUGAAAGGUUAGAUCGUCUUCCAGGCACAUUUUUUACCAUGAUGACAAGAUCAUGCAAGUAUGAUUUGUCUUCCCUGGGUGUUCCACAUUUACUAUGUUAUCGUCCCAUGAUGAAAAAUUAUCUGGGGAAGUUGAUAUCCAACUUUCAGGAUGUCGUCAUCUUGAGAUAGUUUAUCUCAGGAAAUUUACAACUUACGUUUAUGGAACCAUCAUCAUGCAGUCAAAUUAUCACAGAAUAUAAUAUUAAACAUGUUGCAUGGCACUUCCAGAGCUCCGUAGAGGAAGGUCUUGCUAUAAAAUGAUUAAUGUCAUUGUUAUGUACUUAAUGGGAAGUGGAUGUGUAGCCACUGGGUGACAUAUUGCCACUCAAAACAGUCUGGUACCUGGACUAAGCUGACUAAGAUCUCGGCCCUGUCUCGUAACUCUGCUUACCAUUCAGUGAUUACGGACUACGAAAUUCUUAGUUUCCUCUGGCUGCGUAUAGAAUUUCAUUAUCUUUUUGAGUAUAAUGGUGGACAAUAAAGGAGUGCACUGUUUGGAGUAGCUGUAGGCCUACAGACAAAUUUAACCAAACCUAAUAGUGUCAUUUUGUGUCCACCAUUAUCUCAAAAUGGUUUACAGCUUUUCCGUGCAAAGCUGCUAGCAGCACCAUAUUGGUGCGUAAACAGUUUUGCUGUUCGUAUUUCUUACAGUGGUGACUGUGUAGUAUUUUAUCAAUUCCAGUAAUUUAAUUGCAAAUUUUACUACUAUGCGGUGGGGAAAUUUGUCAAAAUGUGCCCUCGUCGCCCUUUAUGGCGUUAAUCUAAAUCUGGCUUACCAUGUGUAGGGCCGGAGUGGCAAAAAUGGCCAAAUUAAUAAGUCAACGUGCGUUAUCCGCCAUCCAGACAGUAUACAAUCAACACGUAAAAACAUAUAGUUAUUAGUUAUCAUCAAUGUUAAUGUGACAGAUAGUUAUGUAAAUUAUGUAUAGUGUAAAUACUUAUCCUUAUUAUGCAACAUCACCAAUUUCAGCAUUCAUUCUGAAAAGUUUUAGUCAAAAGUAUAGCAGAUUGUAUUAAAAGCAGUAGAACUGUACUACUACACAG